AUGGAACCGCAUCAUCAUCAUCAUCAUCAUCAGCAGCAGCAGCAGCGGCAGCAGCAGCAGCAGCAGCAGCACAAGACGGCGGCGGCGGCGGCUGCUGCUGUUACCACUUCAGUGCCAUCGACAACGUCAACUCCCGCGAAUUCCAUCGGGAGGCCCGCCCUUCCGGACAGGGACGUGACGGCAGAGACUAUCGAAGACGCCUACGUCAACUUCAUCCUGCACUGCAAUCCCGCCGUGCCUCCUGAGACAGACGCGGCCGCGCUGCGGGAGGCGUUUCGGGUCCCGCCCAGGAGCGGCGGCAAGAGCUUUAGUACCUUUACUCUAUUCCAACUCAUCAGGCAACUUGAGACUAAAGAGAUCAAGACGUGGGCCGAGUUGGCGCUCAAGCUGGGCGUCGAGCCGCCGGACCAGGAUAAGGGACAGAGCUCACAGAAGAUUCAGCAGUACGCUGUCCGGCUCAAGCGCUGGAUGCACUCCAUGCACGUGGAUGCUUUUUUUGAGUAUUUGAUGGACCACCCUCAUCAGUACUGGAUUGGGAUCCCAAACGACCCGAACCCUGUGUGCGAAGCGGGACGGGAUGGCGUUCUGGCAGAGGACGACAUGGCUCUCCGAGCUCUGCUGCCACAGAUCCGUCCCAGGCGCGGGAGGAAACGUCCAGACGAGGACGAGUCCUCCAGGUCCCCUUCGCAACGACCGAGGUUGGACUCGCCACUGGUCGAGAACGAGUAUGCCCCGAACCUAGCAGAAACUUCGGGGCCAUGGUCUGCCCACCCCGAUGGGCGGGCCUCGUUCGGCAAGCCCGAUUCUUCCAGGUUGAGCGCCAACUCAGCCCUGGCAUCGGCAUGGCCGCCGGUCCAUGAUUCGCCGCUGACGGCCUUCACCCAAGGACCAAUGUCCGCGCUGACACCGUCAACACGCAGUGGGGGCUUCUGGGGCGACGCCGAACCCGGGUCGGCAAUCACGCCGUCGCGACCCAAAGCCUCUACUCGGCGACACGGUGCCAAGGUUGUGUCAUCUGCGUGGAGGAGCAGUGGUCCGGGAGGCACUGGCAAGACUCGUGGCAGGCCACCGACGAACAAGACAAAUGUUGAUGGGUUGUUUGUGGCAUUUUCGGCCGAAAAGUCACCCCUCAAGGGGCCAAGUCCUGAGACCAAGAGCGAUCCGGGGCCGAUCAAAUUCCCUGGAUCGAUACCCAACAACGUGUCGCCAACCAUACCUCCCGACAUCGUGCAUGCUCCUCCGAUGACACGCCCGGGUAAGCCUAGUAUUUCACUUCAAGUUCCGCAGCGGGCAGGAGGGGCUGUCCGCCUCGCGACACCGCCCCCGCCCGUCGUCGUGAUCAAUGCAGACCCCGCUCAACAUAUACCCAACCCAACGGUUCCGAUCACACGGGCACCGUCAGCGACAUUGAAAACCGACAGCGGCAACGCGCCACCUGGCACAACGCCGUGCAUGAACCUACACGAGCAGUCUGUCCCACGCAUGCAACUCAUCGCGCAAGACAGCGACGGCCCCAACUCGACCAACGACCUCUCUGCAGGCAUGUUCGAAAAUAUGGAAGACCGCACCAACAUUGACGAGGUGGUGGGAUAUCUCGCUAACGAGACGCUCAACGGCGACUGGUUCGACGCGCAGGACAACCCAAUCGACAAGUGCAGCAUCGCCGAGGCGUACGCGAUCGUGCACACGAUGUUGGAGCGCAUGUGGCAGACGGCACCUAACCAGGAUGUCUUCCUCCUCAAUCUCUCCGCGUUGGUGGGUGGGAGGACGCUGCUGCCAGGGAGUAGACUGCAGUGCAAGCGGGAGGAGGAGCUCGAAGAUCGUACAACGUACAGUUGCAACUGGCAAUUCCGGCUGGGCUCGAUUCGGGGGAACUACACUAUGUGUCACACGACCACGUACGACCGGUGGCGGCGGCCCGAGGAGAUGGUAGAGAAGCCAAGUGUGAAGCGGACGGCGGAGGCCGAAUCGGAGUGGGAGAAGAAGUACAGGGAUUUGCUGGUGUUAUCGGAGAAGAGAGGCAAGGAGAUACAGUCGCUCCGCGCUGGAAUCACGAUGCAGCUUAACAAAACCUUUGACGCCUCCAAAGACCUCGGAAUUUAG